ACCAGCUUGCGAGGAGAACAGCGUUCUAACCCGAGCAAAGGUAAAGCAGAGUGGAUGGUUAUGAAUUAACAGAAACUGACGUGGCUGCGUUUUAAAUUAUUUUUGGACUACUGCUUUGUGUAGGACAUAUGCUGCGUUGACAUUUGUCUCUAGCGGCAGCUAGUAGCGGUGCUAUUUAGCAUCAGCUAGCCCGUUAGCUGGCGCUGACUGACGGCGAGAAGCUGCCUGAGGAUAGGGGAUCUGCAUCCAACAGACCCAGAAAAGAAAUAUUUUUUACAUAUUUUUAAACUUCGAAACACUACUUCAAGACGUCGACGCAUUGGUUCCAGUGGGUUAGCAUUAACUUAUCUAAAUUUGGGCCAUCUUUACAGCUAUUGUUUGGUAUAAUUAGACUUAGAUCUGUGUAGAGUGGUUUAGUAGCAGCAAACAACAGACCCAACACAAUGAGCUCCGAGGAAAAUUCAGCGACCGAUAAAGGAGCCCCGGAGGACGAUGGUAUGACCUGGUGGUACCGAUGGCUCUGCAAAACAGCUGGAGUUUUAGGGGGAAUAUCUUGUGCUAUAGCGGGAGUGUGGAACUGUGUCACUGUGAACCCUUUAAACAUUGCUGCUGGAGUGUGGAUGGUGUUGAAUGCCUUUGUUCUGUUCCUGUGUGAAGUCCCCUUCUGUUGCCAGUUCAUAGAGUUUGCUAACGCAGUGGCAGCUCGUGCUGACAAACUGAGACCAUGGCAGAAAUCCCUGUUCUACUGUGGGAUGGCGCUCUUCCCUGUAGUCUUAAAGUUUUCCUUUACGACCUUGUUUGGAAACGCCAUCGCCUUCGCUACAGGAGUUCUUUAUGGCCUGGCUUCUUUAGGCAAAAAGGGAGACGCAGUGACUUACGCCAGACUGCAGCACCAGAAACAAGGCGACGAAGAGAGUGCAGCAAAUGGAGCCUUAGAGUGAAGAAUCAACCGUCCAAUACUACCGUCCCCACUGUUUUCAGUAUUUUAGUUCUUCCUUUACUUCCAGUUCUGUCCUUUCAUCCAUCCAUCCAUCCAUCCAUCCUACCUCUCUUGCUCUGAACUCUGUUACUUCAUCACAGUGAACCUGUGUUUACACCUUUUAUUCUCUUCAUUAUUAUCUAAAUAAUAGACUGAUUGUAGGUUCGAUCCUGAAAUCUUGGCACCUUUCCUUAACUUGAAACAUGGGAUUUUAAUGUUAUCUCGGUCGCUUUUAUUAAGCUUUUUGUUCUUAGUCACUACUGAAAAUAAUUAAGGGAUAUUUUGUAGCAUGACAUUCUGUCAAGUUUUCUGAAAUAAUUGUUUCUUUUUUGGGUUUUUUUUUUUGUUUGUUUUUUUUAAGUUUCGUCAUCAAGUGUAGAUUUUCCAUAAUGACUGUAAGGCUGUGGGGACCACCAGGCAUAGUGGUUAGCACUCUUGCCUUACAGAAAAAAGGUCAUCUGUUCAAACCCCAGCAGUAGCUGAUGGUCUUUCUAUAUAGUGUGUGGUGUGGAUUAUCUCCAGGUGCGUUCCUCUCACGAUCCAUGUACGAGGGCUUUAGGGAUUUAACACAAGGGAAUGUAUUGUUUCAAACCCAAAGAUAUACUUUUUUUUCCCUCAUACUGUAUGAAUUUUGUGUUUUCCUUGAAUUGUUUCUUUCCCCCUCGGGUUGUAGACUAAAUGUUUGGUGGUGUUUCUUGAAAUCUUAUCAGUGCAUCGGUCUGCUUGUUUACAUGUGGCUGCUCACACUGGAGCAGCUCUAAGUCAGGUUGUGUGCAGAUUUCGUGACAUGUCAUGCACAAGGAGAAAAAAAAAUGGAAAGUGCGCUUACUUUAUAAUCCGUCCUAUUUGUAAUGUGUUGUAUUUAUUAUACUCCGAUUUUAGUCUUCAUCGGUGCUUUUCCAAAACCCGUUAAAAUUUUAACGAGGGAGCUACGUAAUUAGUUGGCGUCCCACCCGAUCAUCAGAGCCACAGCUUGCCUUUGUUCCUUAAAUGAGGUAUGUGUUGUGUUCAGCAGUCCCUGUUUGUGUUGAUAUGUUGCCUUGCCUCUGUUGUAUUGUUGGUAUUCCUUCACUGCAUAUACCUCUUACAGCUGCUCUGGAGCUCCUGUCUGACUGUUACUGACAGAUCACUCUGUGGGUGGAUCCUCCACACAUCACCACCUGAUCUCAGGUGUCGUAGUUUACCAGGCGUAACACACAAAACCAGUGGCGUGUGUGUGUAUAGGUCAAAAGAACACUUUUAUCUCCAUCAUUUCUGAGCCAUUGUAAAAACUUUGUUUAACAUUCAAAGUAUUCAGGAAAAAAUGCUGACAAACAGUAGAAAAAAAAUAAUAGAAAAACCAGCAAUCGUGCUACAAUCUUAACUGAGUUGUUAAAGGAUGUAAAAGACAAAAACCCUUACCGCAGUGAUGAGCUGACAGCAUGCUGGUCCCUGUUGUGUGCAGCCUCUGAGUACGUCCCUGCUGUAAGAGAUAUAUGUGUGUACCAUGUAUAAAGUGUUCUGAUGUGAAACCUCAUCCUCUAACGACCUGGUGAAUUAAACAAACUUCCUACUGCU